CAGAAAACAGCCUGGGGCGCCUGGGACUGCGUGCUAUGGAAGGCUGGCAUCUCCCCAUCGCUCUGCUCUGUCUCCUGUUCUGUGAGGUUUCCGUUGCUGUAUACAAGCAGUGGAUUCCAAGCACCAAUUUUGAAGAUGCUUCCAACUGGGACAAAAACCGAACUCCAAGUGAGACUGACAUUGUCAUGUUUGACAGCAGUAAGAUGGUCUCUGUAUAUGUUGGGAGCACUCAUGUUCUCAUGGGCGCACACCUCCCUCUAGAUGGAGAGUUUAUCUUGGCUCCUGGUGCUGGCUUCACUGCAUCUGAUGGAGCCUCAGAUCCCAGCCCAGAUUCAGAUCACAACAUCCACUUCCUAAAUGCCGAUCGGUAUAGCUGGUAUGACCCCUCCUUGUGGCAUACAGACCUACAAAACAGUGAUCACCUCUUCUCUAUGGAUGCUGAACUUAUCCCCUGUCGCCAUGAUGAUGUCAUCUUCCCACCAGAAACCUCCUUCCGUGUGGACCUGGGGGCUGGUGGCCGAACCAUCAGCCUCCAUAGUAUAUCCAUUCUGGGCCAGAAGUUCAGCACAGACCGGGAGCUGGCUGCCUAUCUGGCCAGCAGCACUGGGAAGUUGCAGUUCCAUGGAGCUGGUUCUCUGAGGUUGGCUCCUGACCCCUGUGAGGACCCUUCGGGCUGUGAGUGUGGUAAUGAUGAGGUCAAGGCCUGGAUCUGUGCCUUUCUGCUCCAGACCUCUGGAGGUCGCUGCCCCAAGCCUGCCUGCCAAGGAGCCCUGAAGCCCGUAGGCCAGUGCUGUGAGGUCUGUGGAGCCCUGCUCUUCCUCAACUACACCCAGGCCUUUGAUCUCCACCAGUACAAGCAGAGGCUGUUACAUACCUUCCUGGACUUGCCCCAGGCUCCGGGGGUGCGCAUGGCCAUCUCAAAAGUACGCAGGACGCCCACACUGCGAGGGUCAGGGUACACAGCACGUGGGAAGCGACAGGCUGAGACCAUGACCCAGAUCCAGCUGGUGCUGACCGAUGAUGGAGCCGGGCCCGAGGCAGGAAAGGCAGCUGCAGAUGUGGCCCAAGCCAUCCUCACUGAUGUGGCUGAGCAAGGCUGUGGCCUCUGCCGAUCCCCACUCUGUGGCAGAGAUCAGAACCUGCAUCAGAUCAAGGGAACCAAAGCUUCGACAACCCCAUUUUCGGCAAUCCGGUCCCUCCCUCCGUUCUGGACCCCGGCCCUGCCGUGGAAGCGGUUUCAGAAGACGCCUCUUCUCCAACGAGCCCCAGCAGGGAUAGUGGCAGCUACUUCACUAAUCCCUUGUUUGAAGCAGAUGUCUAAGGCCCUCCCACCUUUGGCCCUUGGUUCCGUGAGACCCUGGGACCCUGGCCUGUGUGGGGAGGAGGGAACAACUGAGCUGAUGGCAGCCGUUUUCUGUCUCUUGCCUCGUCUCCACCAUGACACCUAGCCCAGGGCUCUCCCCACCCCAACCCCGACAACCUGAGUUUCUCUGGAUGGAUGGAUGGAUGAGUAGGAUGUCUCCCAUGAUGAUGAACUACCCUUCAUUCAUCUUUCCCCAGCAUAGGGCACCGUCCAUGCACUUUCCUAACAGGGCACACCACAAAGCAUGUCUUAAAAUAGAAGCCAGGCCUCCCAGCUUUCAGACCAAGCCAUCCAGUCUUCCAUGAGUCCAGCAUCCCUUGAUUUGGUUCCCUCAGCCCAGGGUACACCCCUGGUUGCCCCUCAUCUCCAUGUAGUAGAUAGCUAUCAAUUUUUUCCCCACAGGAAUUACUUCUUUUUCUCUCUCAACCUUGACUGAAUAUUGAGAAAUCUGAGUUCAAGUUCUGACGCUGACUCACUGUGUGUCUUCCUUUCUCUGGGCCUCAGUUUCCUCCUCUGCAAAAUGAUCUUUGUUUCCCUCCAGCUCUGAUGGUGGCUCAGAGUUCCCAGGGAAGAAACUACAUCAAGGGAGUGUGACCCAUCCUUCAACCAAUGGAGCGGGGGAGGGCCAGGGACAGGGAAAGAGACUUCUGCCUGGAGGUGCCCUGCAGACAGAUGGUGGGGGCAGUGCUAGCCUUGCCAUUAUCCAGGGAAGGGCUAGAGAAAGAAUCAGAGCUGGCCUUUUUCAAUAAAAAAUGUC